AUGCCAUUCAUUUUUACAGAUUGUGUCUGUGAUAUCACUCCGGAGUUUUGUGACAUUGGUUGCUGCUGUGACAUCGUGGACUGUGGCAUCGUAGACUUGAGUUCUGUUUUCAGUGGCUGCGGGCCAGAAGCGAAGUAAGAUUUACUGUUGUAUAGAAAGUCUGAAGUAUGCAUUGAGAGCUGGCUUAUGUUCAGAGCCAAUGUGGAUCCUGACCUUAUCACAGUCACAGAUUCUCUGUUCUGUGUGCAGACCGUGGAUGAAAACACAACUGACCCACUGACUCUCCCAUCCAUCUCAGCACAGCAAACACCCUUGCACUCACCACACUUCUCAGUGCAGGAGCCUGACUCCUUUACCCAUCACAGCCUGGACUUCUAUAGGGUUGAUGAUAUCAUUCUGACAUAUUACAAUAGCACGUCUAUAUUGAGCAUGCUCAGACAGCCGUCACCAGGGGUAGCUUCUUCUUCUUGCCUUGACCGAAAUUAUGCAAAGUUCUUACGCACUGAAUCUGUUUCUUGCUCCCGUACCGUGAGUGUUCAGUCAUGCCUGAGUGAUGCCAGACUGAAUGCUCACUCCUACUUUACUGACCUCAGCUUGCUCAGAAUUCCGAGCCCCCCCAAACUGGAUAUGACAGACUUGCUGAUCCCAGUUAAACCACUCUCUGACUGGCCUAAGCCUAGCCUGUUGAAUGGCUCCUGUCUGAAUGUGGUGUCAGAGGUGGAGUAUGUGAUUGAGUUCACAGGUCAAGGAGAGAUUACUACAGUGAUACUGAAUGUUGUUCAGACUGACACAAGCAUUGACACGCAGCUGUUGCAAAAACACUCUGUCCGCUUCCAGCUGGCCACACCCUCACCUACACCUGCUCCUUCUCCAUUGGCUGAAUUGAAAGUUGGAACACCUCUGAGUGGCUUGUUUGAUGAAGAAGCUCAAACUAUGACGGUGCUAGCUGUUCCUCCAGGAGGAGAGUGUCUUGCUGAUUACCUCAUACGUGCCCCCAUCCUCUUCCCAAACAAUGUUAUGACUGGUUGCACCUUCAGCUCCGUCUCCCAAAACUGUUCCUCUCUGAGAUCUGAACUCUACAGAAUCCUCAGAGGAGCUACGACCCCUGACAUGGUGGCCAUGACCUCAAGGUCAGAGCUAGAUUGGAGUAGGGUCAUCACUGAAGAUUGUCCCAGCCUGCCAGCAGAUGACCUGUGUGAGGCUGGUUGUCUCCUGCCUCUCUCUCUCUCUGUGCGGAUUCUCUGGGCUCAGAGAGGGUUACUGGCUUUCCCUCAGAAUUACAUCCUGGGUGCAAAGUAUGUCUUCAGCUGCCAGAGAGUGAAGUGUCCCCUGAUGUCUCCUGUAGCUGUCACUACUGAGGUGGUUUUCUCUGAUGCCACAGUUUAUCCAGAGGCCCCCAGGGGUGAGCCACAACCUGACUGGAAGUUUCCAUUUUCAUUUUUCACACGUGGGGCAGGAGAGCAAGAUGGACAUGAGUAA